AUGGCGCCCUUUUGCUCAGAUCCGCGGCAGAUUGUCAUUGCCCUGGAGCCCCGUCGACGAAUCGAGCUGCUCAAGCUUGUGGACGACAUCAUCUUUUCCAUGACCGCGCAGCUCCAGUCCAAGCCGGAGGAGCUGGGGUCAGUAUCCGUGGAAUCAAGUAUACACGGAGGGAGUGGCACACCGCAAAACGAAAAGACAUUCGAUAGCCCUUCCCCGACUGGUGAUGCCAACAAAACCGAAACUUCCAGCGAAUCCAUCACAUUAUUUGAUGCGGAAGACACGGAGUUUGGCAAUGCUGCCCCGGCCAAUGGAAGUAAGAAGAAGUUUAGUCCGUCGAAUCCGUUCAAGAAUGUCAAGGUCGGUGUGCCGUGGAAGAACAACCCCAGCGCCCCGAGCAAGACGACAAAACGGGCCGAAGAGGUGCAGAGCGCCGCGCGUCAGUACAUGGAGGAAUGGGAGCACGAGUUUGUACCCAAGCUCGAGGAAAUUGUGCGCGUCAAGGACAAUGACAAGAUUACUGCCGAGCGCAAGAUACGACGCCAGGCUGUGCAGAUGAAUGAAGAGAACGAGCGCGCCGAGAGCAAGCGUCGCGCCGGCUCGGACGAGGCCCGAGACGAAGAGGCGGCGUUUGCCGUGAUGCAGACGCUCUACCCGCCCAUACCGACGUCGCUGACCGAGCUCUCGGUGCACGACCGCCGCGAGGCUAUCAGCUGCGUCCUGCUGCUGUUGCUCUCCACGGGCAAGUACUCGGCGCACUCGCGCGCCCUCAUGCUGACCCUGACGUCGUCGCUCGACAUCCCGCACGCGUUCCUCAACAACGAAGAGGCGGCCAUUGCGGAGUCGCUGAUUGAGCAGUCGACGGCGGACAAGGGGAAAAAGGAGGCCAUGUCGGCCGACGCCGAGGCCGCCAAGCGUCAGCAGGACAACAAAUUUGGUCGAUACUGGAAGGUUGGCCUCGCGUCCGUCGCGGGUGCCACGCUGAUUGGCGUCACGGGCGGGCUGGCGGCGCCGCUAGUUGCAGGCGCGGUGGGAAGUAUCCUCGGCGGUGUUGGGUUGGGAGGUGUAGCAAGCUUUCUCGGCAUCUUCUGGAUGAAUGGUGCCCUUGUCGGCGCUCUCUUUGGCGCCUAUGGAGCCAAGAUGACGGGUUCUAUGAUGGACAAGUACGCUAAAGAGGUCGAAGAUUUCAAAUUCAUUCCGCUCCACGAGCCGCCCGAAGCCACGGACCGCACCCCCAGCGCCAAGGGCCGCCGUCUGCGCGUCACGCUCGGCAUCAACGGCUGGCUUAACUCGGAAGACGACAUCACCAAGCCGUGGGAGGCGCUGCCGGCCGACUCGGAGGUCUUUGCCCUGCGCUACGAGAUGCAGACGCUGCUCGCGCUGGGCACCGCGCUGGGGGACCUUGUGCAAUCGUUUGCGUGGAAGGCUGUCAAGGCGGAGAUUAUCAAGCGCACCGUGCUCGCGACGCUCUGGGCGGCUUUGUGGCCAAUUCAGGUAUUUGCUGUCGCCUCCAACGUCGACAACCCCUUCAACCACGCGUCGAAUCGCUCCAAAAAGGCCGGCCGGCUGCUCGCCGACGCGCUCAUCAACAGGGUCCAGGGCGAGCGGCCCGUCACCCUGAUCGGCUACUCGCUCGGCGCUGCCGCCAUCCACGCCUGCCUGCAGGAGCUCGCCGCGCGCCGCGCCUUUGGUCUCAUCGACACCGUGGUCCUCAUGGGCGCGCCCGCGCCCUCGGACCCCGCCCACUGGCGCACGCUUCGCGCAGUCGUCUCCGGCGCCAUCUUCAACGCCUACUCGGAGAACGACAUGAUUCUCGGCUACGUCCACCGCAUGCACAGCCUCUCCCUCGGCGUCGCAGGCCUGCAGCCUAUCCGCGGCGUCGCCGGCGUCGAGAACCUCGACCUCAGCGACCGCGUCAGCGGCCACCUGCGCUACCCGCACCUCAUCGGCGGCAUUCUGCGCCGGUGCGGUUUCGCGGGCGUUAGGGUCGACGAGCCGAUUGAAAAGGACGACGUCAUUCUCCUCAAGGACGAGUACGCCGCCGGGCACGCGGUCAACGUGGACGGCACCACUAUUGCGCCCGCCGGAGACGAAAAGGCGGGUGAUGCCAAGGGAGAUGUGGAAAAGGUGGCCUCGCAGACGGAGAGGCUACAGCUAGGUAUAAAGGAGCAAGAGGUACUGCCGCCGCCGCCGCCGAGGCCGAGUCACAAGGCCGGCGAGGAGGAGCCGCCCAAGAUGCGUAGAAAACCAGUACCGGCGCCGUCGCCGUCCAAAUCACAGGACGACGACGAUGCUAAGCCAAUUAGCAUGAUGGACCUUGAGUAG